GAUAAUGACUUAUAAAACUUUUAUAAGUACUCGAAAAACUAAUUUACGUUUCUGUUGUUCCAGAUAACCAUCAUGGCCCGUCACCUGUUCAGUCUGUGCGCUCUGCUGGCACUGUCGGCGGCCCGAGGUCAGACUGAAACCGAACCACCAACCACCAUCACCACCAAACCACCUACUACUACCACCACAGCGGCGACCACCACCGUCGCCUGGGAGACCAAGACCCUGAACGAAGGCCAGGCCAUCCAGAAGGCCCUGCAGUACCUGCUGCAGCAUCGGCAACCGGACUGGGGCUGGGGAAAUGAUACGCAUGACGUCAUGCUUACUCUUCAGCUUGCCAACAACACUGGAAAAGAAAUAGAGCAGCAGGGAUUGGAAAUGCAGCUCUCUGCCAAACAAAUGGAGAUCGAGAUCCUGCUAAUGAUGUCGAAGCACCACGAGUCUCCGCCCCCGCUGUCCCGCCUGGCCGCCUACACCCUCGCCCUCGGCGCUCUCUGCAAGGACCCUCGUUCCUUCCACGGACGAGACCUUGUAGCAGCCUUGCUUCACCGAGAACCUCCUCAUGACUUCGACUUUGCCUACGCGACUUUGGCUGCCUGUUCAUCUGCAGCUCAUGUGAGGCGUCGCCAUAUUAGGCGGCUGCUGGAUAUCGCUAACGCUGCUGCGGAUCAUAGCCUUGAUACGAUCUCGAUGGUGAUUCUGGCGCUGCGCUGCGUGGUGCAAGACCACCGCCACCGCAGCCUGCUGCACUUCGUGCGGCGUCCCAUGGCUGGCCUGGCGCGGCAGCAGCACCCUGAUGGAGGCUUCGGCACUCAGUUGACAACCACCGCUUUGGCUAUACAAGCUCUAGAAGACUCCGACAGUGGACCAGGAGCGCACCAGCACUGGAGCCUCCCCUCAGCUCGCAAAUGGCUCCUCGAGCGCCAACAAGCCGAUGGCGGCUGGGGAGAUGUUCGCGACACUGCUGCUGCCGUUGCUGCCCUCACUCCUGCGUCCCUGGCGGCUGUUCGGCCACCGCAUUGCAGGAACAAGUUGCAGGACAACCGCAACGAAUCGCUUGAUAACAACAACGGUGACGGCAGCCUGAAGAUGUCGUACCUGUCGCACACGAGCAACGAGUCAGACGCGCGCAAUGUAUCCUUCACCUACACUCUGUGGCUUGGCACCAACGUCACCGAAAACUACACGCUGUACAUGAUGGCUCCAAGAAACAUCUCCUUCUACCACGUAAUGCAAAUGGCCGCCGAGCAAGACCCGAAGUUCAAGUUUGAAGCCAGCGAAUGGCCGAACGGGCACUACGUCCACACUCUCGCCGGGCAUAAGGAGGAGCCGAUGGGAUACCAUUACUGGUUGCUGUACCGUCUUACUGAGAUUCCGGAUCCGGCCAGCCCGCCUGGCAAUCAGCUGGUUGCUCCAGUUGGUGUCGACGAUCUGUUGGUAGAGGACGGGGAGCAUUACCUCUUCUGGUACAAGAAGCUGUAAAUCUUUUCCUUCACCCGGUACCGGGGCUCUUAGAUCGUAGGUAUCUUGAAGGACUUUGCUAGAAACUUAAUAGUAUUUUAAAGGAGGCACAAACCUAGCAGAUGAGAUAUUCCGUUCGCAAUUAUUACUUAAGAGUAAGAGCAGAAUUUUAAAGUGACUUAAGACUUAUAUUGACCGGGAUAUAGAACGUGAUUACC